AUGUCUGUUAGCGAGAAUUCGAGUGGGACAAAUAGUUCGUCACCUAUAAUAAAAUCUAAUAAGUUGAACGACCAAAAUUUGAAGGAAUUCGUGCUGUCAACUGACAGUACAAAUUUUGUCACGAAUGGACACAACAAUAGUAAUAGUAGUACCACCAAUGCUAACUCCAAUAACGGAUAUUUGAGUUCAUCAUCAAUGGAAUCGGGGCCUUUAGGGAUCGCUUCACAACGUCCCAGUUUCCUAAGGAGGACUAGCAGUGCUGGAAGCAUUGCAAGCAACCAUACCGAUACUUCGAAAAGAAGACCUAGCACAAGUGGUUCAGCGAAUGAAAUACAAAAUACUUCAUACCAACAGAGGAGGAGGUCAUCGGUACAAGGAAGAGACAACGUAAAUAUUGGACCGUUUGGACCUAUCAACGAAACUGCUAGCAGGAGAGCUUUCGCGUAUCUAAUAGCCAUUUUGAAUGCGUCCUAUCCGGAUCACGAUUUUUCGUCAUUAGAGCCCACCGAUUUCGUGAAAUGCACCAAGAAAAGUUUCAUCUCGAAGUUCGAAAAUACCUUGAUAUCUUUAGGAAAACCACCUCAGGAAUGGAUCUGGGAAACGAUCAACGGACAUAUGGAUAUCAACGAUUGCGCUUUCUAUCAAUAUGUCCCUCAAAAAUCGUUUCUUGAAGAUGAGCCUGGCCAUCUUUGGUCAUUGAUGUGGUUUUUGUUCAAUAAAAAAAGGAAAAGAGUCGCAUAUGUUUAUCUAACAGCAUGCCGUUUGAAAGGAACUCCCUCUGUUGGAAAUAGUGUCAUAUUGGCGGAUGACGAAGAUGAAAAUUCAAGUAAACUAGAAUCAGAACGUAAACAGAGAAGGAAAUUGACGUUAGAUAACGACAACGAUUUUGAAGGCGAAUAUGAUUUAACUUAUGAGGAGAAUGCUAUAAUUGAUGAUGAUGAGGGCAUCAACGAAGAUUUCAAGGAUGAAGCCAUGGAUGAUCUUAACUGA